AUGGCCGACCGCUUCCCGUCCUUGGACGACUUCGACUCGGGUGCACAAACUGAGAUAAAGGACGUUGGCUCACCAUCUGCCGAUGACUUCCUCGCCCGCGAGCGCGCUCUUCUGGGAGAUGAUGCAACACAGUUCGCAACCGGUAACGAAAGCGCUGCUCUAGCCGACCCAUCAGGCGACCUCCUCGGAGACGAAAACACCGGCAGCAACGCACAGUUUGAGAGCCAAUUCCCCGAUCUCACCUCCAAUGAGCAAGUCGGUCCCGGGGGCAGCAUUACCGGCCCCUCUGUAAGCUAUAAUUCUGGCUAUGGUACCUAUGUGGAGGAAGAACAAGAGCCAGAGGUCAUCAAGCAGUGGCGCGAGAAGCGCGACGCCGCCAACACGAAGCGAGCCGAAGAGUUUGCUACCCAAAAGGCCCAGACGAUCAAGGAAGCUCAGGAAAAUAUUGACGAAUUCUACGAAAACUAUAAUAACAAGAAGGACAAGAUGAUUACCCAGACCCGUAAAGACGAGGAGCAAUUCCUGGCUGGUCGCGACGACACAACAUCCGGUGGCACGAGCUGGGAACGCAUUGCCAAGCUUGCGGACGUGAGCGGCAAGGGACCGAAGGGUGGUGCCAGUGGCUCGGGCAAGGACCGCUUCCGCGAGUUGCUGGUUAGCUUGCGGAAGGACGAAAAAGCACCCGGCGCCUGA